AUGGACCGCUCGCGGAGCCCGAAGGGCCGGGGGCCGAAGCCGGGCCCGAAAGCGGACACGAGGGCUCAGCUUCUGAAGAUUGGCGAAGCGGCCGGUUACCCGCCCCACAGCUGGAUCUACACGGCUGACAACCGCGCGUCAGCAAGCGACGAUGUUCUCGCGGCCCCACUCGAGGACCUGACUUCCCUUGCGGUGUUCUCACCUGCUGUUCGCCACGGGCGUAGCAGUGGACAGCAAGCCCAGCACUACUCCCUGAGCAAUCACAUUGAGAUGAUUCUGGAUUCCUCCCGCGUGGACGCGUUUGCCAAAGCGAUCGCAGCCGUGGCGCAGGGCCAGCGGGUUCUUGAUGUGGGCGCGGGUGCCUUCUGCCUACUCGGCCGCAUCGCCUUGAAAUCAGGAGCCGUUUUCGUGCGCUGCUUGGAGUGCAACCCGGCGGCAGCAGCGCACGCGGUGGACGUGUUUCAAAUGGAGUUGGCUGAUCUUGCGCUGCCGCCCUUGCGAUAUCUCCGCCUGACACCCGCGGCCUUGCACCCAGAUCAGAUGCAGCUGAUCCGAUCGAAUAAGCCUCGAAGCUGGCAUGUUCACAUCGAGGACGCGGAAUCACGAUGCGUAGCUGAGGCAGGGGUGCUGCAAGCGGAAGUGGGAGAAGCAGAGUGCACUCUGCUUUUGUGGCCGGACUCGGGGGAGUUUCCGGCAACCCUGGAAGUGAAGACGGGCAGCAGUGACUCAGAUGACUACGACAUAAUAGUGCAUGAGUUGCUGGGUCACAUCUGCAGUUCAGAGGGCGUGGUCCCUGUAAUGCGGGGCCUUCUGUCGCGGCUUCCGAGUUGCAAAGCCGUGCCAGAAGCAGCCGGGACCUUUUUCGCACCCGCAGGGGUCCAGAUGAAUCGCACGGAAUCCGCGCUUUUCAGACUGUUCAAUGGUCAGGAGUGCUUCGAGGCACCAGGAAAGUACAACGCGCUCAAGUUCAAAGCUGAGUGGCUACUGGCGGACCCCGCGAUCUUCGAGUGGUUCGAGUUUCACCCCUCACAGCUGGCCACGCUGGGAUCGCAGCAGCGUCUGGUGAAGUUUCACAUCCGACGUGCAGGCAGGUUCGAUGGACUUCACUUCCACUUGGUGGUGCGUCUUGACGCGUCCACAGCCUUGGAUGUGCUGAGUACACGCACGACUUGGUGCACCACCUAUGUGCGCUUGCUCCAGGAACCCUUGUGGCUGCAAGAGGGGGACAUUCUCACCUGCCAGUGCCGUGUGGUCCCAGACGACCUGGCCAAAUAUUCGGUGCAAGUCCUGGGGCCAGACCAUGCCAUCCUUGCCGAGUUUCAUUGGGAAGGCUGCUCCUAG